AUCUACAGUAAUUGUGAAACAAACUGGAUUUUCCACUAUGUGGGCAUGGGCUCUUCUUCCUGUUUUCCUGGCCAUUUGGGCCACAGUUGGAACAUGGAUAGUAUAUGUAAUGGCUGUGAACAAUGGCUCAGUGAAUAUUGCAGAUGGGUUUCCUUAUAUCAGCACGUGUGGAGCUUACCCACCCCAAAGUUGCAUAUUUUCCCAGGUUCUUAAUGUAGGAGCAAUGUUAGCUGCAUGGAUCUGUGUGAUCAGAUUCCAGCAGAUCAGAGACUAUGGAUUCCACUCCCACUUGAACUCUGCAAGCUUGGCCAUGGGACUUCUUACCGCUUUAGGAACUUCUAUUGUUGCAAAUUUUCAGCAAUCUAUUCAGCUGCAAGUACAUUUAGUUGGAGCGUUCUUGGCAUUUUUUGUUGGCAAUGUCUACUUCUGGAUGCAGACAGUUUUGACCUACCACUUGAAGUCAAUGCCUCUUCAACAUAUUGUUGGAACCAUGAGAUUUUGUCUAUCUAUUGCUUCCACUGCACUGAUUGCCAUGAUAGUUGUGUUCUUUGCUAUUGGCUUUAAAUCAGAAUCUGCAAUAUGUGAAUGGAUUGUUGCAAUGAUUUUAUUUGGUCUUUUUGGAUCAUUUUCAUUUGAAUUUUAUUACAUGGAUGGACAUUUCUUCCACGUCAUGAAAAGAAAAACUAUUAUACCUAAUGAAGUGCAAGUUUCCACCAUCACUCUAAAUCCGUAG